UAUACUUGUUUUAUCUUUUGUUCUCAUCUUCUCCGAUCGGUGGAUUCUCUUUCUUUCUCUCUGGCGAUUAGUUUUAGCCUAGUGGAGCUCUUAACUUGCGCGCAUCGCCGGUUGAUGAUAGCGCAAGAGAAGGCUAAAAGAACUUGAGAAAUCGCGGCGUCUGCCCAUGGAGUUUCUGGCAGGUGUGCCAGCGCAGGAGAAGGCUGCACCGGAGGCUCUGUUCUUGACGGAGGAAUCUAGCCGUGGUGGGAGGUUAAGGAGAUGUGUUAAGUCUCCGCCGGAGAGUUCGUCAUCGGUCGGGUUGACGGGAGAAAGCAGCGAAAGCGAGGAAGAAGAAGAAGAAGACGGCACCGUUUCGUCACAAGGAAGAUGGCUGGAUUCGUUCAGUUCCUCUCUGGAAGAUUCUCUUCCGAUUAAGAGAGGAUUAUCAAAUCACUACAUAGGGAAAUCGAAGUCAUUUGGAAAUCUAAUGGGAAUGGAAGUGAGCAACACCAAGGAUUUGGAGAAAGUGGAGAGUCCAUUGAACAAGAGAAGGAGAUUGCUUAUUGCUAACAAGCUAAGGAGAAGAUCUUUAUCGUCAUCUUUCAGCUUCUACCCUAAGACUAAUCUUAAUUCUAUGCCUUUACUUGCGUUGCAAGAAUCUGAUGAAGAUGAUCACAAAUACAAUAACGAUGAUGAUGAUGAUGACAGUAGUGAUGAGGAAAUUAAUAAGCUGCAAGAUAAGAGGAUGAAGAUGACGAAUAACAGAGAUUUUAUGGUUCAAACUCAGAGCUGUUUUUGCUUAUCUAGUUUUCCAGAUGAUGAUCGAUAAAAUCCAUUUCUAUUACCCACUUCUGUUCUGUUUUUUUUUUUAAUUCUAGCGUAGAGGAAGUUACGUUGGCAAUAAGUGAUUUGAUAGAUUGAGUAAAGAAUAUAACUAAUGGUUUAGUCGUUUAGAUGA